CACAUUAUGCUCAAUGUCUACAACCAGUGGGUGGAGACUGGCUUCUCAACUCAAUGGUGCUUUGAGAACUUCAUCCAGCAUCGAUCGAUGAGACGGGCACGGGAUGUUCGUGAUCAGCUCCAGGGACUCAUGGAGAGAGUUGAGAUGGAGAUUGUGAGCUGUGGUAUGGAUAGUGUCGUUAUUAGAAAGGCUGUAACCGCUGGUUUCUUCUACCAUACUGCACGCUUCAGUAAGGGAGGUAACUACAAGACAGUCAAGCACCAACAGACAGUCAUGGUUCAUCCCAAUAGCGGUCUGUUUGAAGAACAACCAAGAUGGCUCAUCUAUCAUGAACUUGUCUUUACAACCAAGGAGUUCAUGAGACAGGUGAUAGAGAUAGAGAACGGUUGGUUGCUAGAGGCUGCUCCACACUACUACAAGGCCAAAGAACUAGAGGACGCAUCGAGCAAGAAGAUGCCGAAGGGCGUCGGCAAGUCAGCCGGUAGCUGAUUGGAGUUACAGAAGACCGGUAUCAUCGGAGGACCAGUUAUGGGGGAUGAGUGCCGGCCAUCAUCCGGUAUCGUUGAGAUGAGACUUAUUUAGAACAAACUAAAGGACAAACUUAUUCCAGAGAAUGUGCCUUUCUCUUGUCACUCUUUGAGUCAAGCAUCAUCUAAGGAUCAAUUGUGUAUGUAUAGGUGUACCUGCCACCACCCAUUUUGGAUCCGCUAGGCGUCAUUUAGAUCAAGCAAAAGAAUAUCUCCUAUUCCAGAUAUAGAGAAUAUACAUCUUUGUAUCAUCUCUUUCUGUCUGUCAGGCAUCUUUUGAAAAUCAAUUAUGAUUGACAAGUGCCGGCUAUAACGCAAUAGGGAUGCAUUAGACCUUACUGAAAAUGGAGACAUCUCUUCUUGCAGAUCUGGAGAGCAUUUAUCUCUGUAUUGUCUCUCUUUCUGUCAGUCAUGAUCUUCCAAUCAAUUAUGGGUAAAUGGUGUUGGCCCUCCUGUAGUAGAAAUGAACUCAACAUCACUUAGAACAAGCAGAAGGACAUCUUUGAUUCCAGACAAGGAGAGCAUGUGGUGCUCCCUUAGAUCUUGCAAUCAAGCAUCGUUUGAGGAUCAAUUGUGAGUAAUGAGUCCUGACCCUCAACUUGUAAGGCUGGAUCUCCCUUUAAAACAAACAGCGGGACAUCUGCUACUCGAAAAUCUGGGGAGAACAUGCCUUUGUCUUGUCGUCUGAGAAUCAUUACGAGUGAUAUGCGCUGUCCCUCAAUUGGUAGGUAUGCACCAGAUUUUACUGCAGAAUAGGGGGGCGUUUCACAAAACUUGUCAUCAGUGACAAAUGACAGUUUUGGUUAUAAGCUACUGAAAUCCUUGCUUCUGAUUGGUUAUCAACAGAGUUGUCACUGAUUUUUGUCUUUUGUCAUUGAAAAAAGGCUUUGUGAAACGGGUCCCAGGUUUCCCCUUCUGGUAAGACUACCUUGUGAAGGAUUGUCAAAGCAGUUUCACAUUGUAUAGAAUGUGAUAGGUUAGUGAUGGUUGCCUAGGUGACAAGGAAGCUCAUUUAUAGUGCAUUCCUGCAUCUACUGCUGGCAGUCACUUAUUAAGGAUGUGCUAUAUAGUCCUCUUUUAGAACAAAUAGCAGGAUAAUUCUUCCAGUUCUGGAUAGACAACUCUAUCGUGAAGAAGAGUGGUAGAGAAUAUGCCAGGAAUGGUUGCCUUGGUAAUCCGAAGCUGAUCCGCUAGGUGUAUCUCCAUUUGGUAGGGAUGCACUGAAACCCUUUCCACCAGAGAAUUAUUCCCAGUUCUAGAAUGACUAGUGUUUACGUGGUGGAUAAUAGUCGGUACAGAAGAUACAUGAAUCAGAGGAGAUGCUUAAGACAGUUUCCUAGGUAAUCAGAAAGCUGUCCAAAGAUGCAUGCCACCUUCCGGUAGGGUUGCAAGAAAAAUCAAACUCCAACAAUCAUCAGGACAUCAUUAAUCCCAGUUCUUGAAGAAUUACCUUGUUUGUGAGCUUUAAAAAUUGGCACAGGGGAUAGAUAAGACAGAAAAUGUGCAUGAGACAGUUGGCUAAGUUACUAGAAGCUCAUCUCAAACAUGCCCCUUGAGUCCAGUACAGUCAACAAGACCCUGGCGAAUAGUGAUUGAAUUUAUACCAGAUUCUGUGACAACUCCCAACCUUUUCAGUUAUAUUCAUUUGAUACCUAUGCAUUCAAUAUUAUUGAAAAAGCCAGUUGUUCUUGUGAGGUUUAAUUACUUCAGACUUAAGUGGAUCAGGCAUUGCCGUUGAUAUGUAAAUUCAUGAACUGUUAUAUAAAUGAAAUAAAACUAUUUAAAAACUUAA